UAUGUAUAUAUAUAUAUAUAUAUGUAAUGAUUACAUUAUUAAGUGAAUACAUAUAAUCUGUAAAGGGUUUUGCAUUCUCACUCGAGGAAGUAUUUCAUUUCAAAUCUGUGGAUGUAGACAAACAUAUCUUGGAGAGAAACACUGUCUACACAAGUAAUUUGUAUUACGGAAAAAGAUAUAUAUAUAUAUAUAUUCUAUAAGAAGAGUGAUGAAUCGGUUCCAUUUGUUGAAAUAAUGAUGGUUUGAGAUUAACGCGCUACUUUCAUACUAAACACCUAGAACGGUGGAAAAAGUAAUUCAGUUAACAGAGAAACCAAAGAAGCGUGAUAUGCAAUAGUUGACAUGAUUUUUGACCGUUCGAACAAAUUUUUUGGAAACAGUUCGGUGAUAAAUUCUUCUGAGAAUGUCAGAAAUACAACACAACCAUUAAUCACCUAUUCGUUGCAAGCGACUCAAAAACCUGUUGCUAGUCAAAAAUAUUCACAAAUGGGUUCAUACAACAUGCCGAUGGAUGAGGAUAACACACCGAAUGUACAGAAUCAUACGGAUUAUACAAUCCGUGCACUGGCAGAUAUGUUUAAAUGUAGAUUGUCAAAUUUUCCUAUGACUGUGGGAAUCUUCACCCAACAGAAUAAUAAAGAAUAUCUUUCACAAUUAGCAAAUGAAUUACAUAAUAUGGAUCGCCUUGACAGUCCUCUGCCAUUGAAAUUUAGCAAAUUAUUGUUCCUGUUCCCCUUAUUUAUCAGCGCUAUUUUAGGCUACUUUGUUGGAAUGUUAACUAAUUGGCAAAUAGGAUUAUCGAUUGGACACAUUGGAAUGUUCAUACAAAUCACAUUUUUAGCGUUAAUUAUAACUGGAUCACGAUUCUGUCAUAAGCCAAUGGCUAUACGCGCCAGUUACUCAAUAGCAUAUUUUCUUCAUUGGCUCAAACUUUUUCUAAGUAUUUGCUUUUGUUAUCCUGUGAAAUCAGUGAAUGCAAAAACACCUGCCAAAAUCAUUGUUGUAUAUCACCGGAUUUGUCCAACAUCAACAACUAAUAUGGCACUUUUUUCAUUAAUUGAAAAAAUGUGGUUCAGUUUAGUUCGACACUAUGGACAAAUUUUAGUAAGACUUCAAAAGGCUGGAAAACCUUCUGUAAUUCCAAAUUGUAAAUACAAACGUGUCUGUUGCUUGCCAGCAUUUAUUGUAAUGAUCGCCUUUUGGAUAGCAUUAUUCAUCUCCACUAGUAUAAUGCGACUUUACUCAGGUCAAUUAACUAACUUACUUGGCCAUGGUGGUCUCUUAUCCUUAUUUGUAAUUAUGAGUUCAAUAAUGUUUCUUAGCUUUUUUGGAUCAUUACCAUCACUGUGUCGAAUUUUCAAAGGUCUUCUAAUCCAUCCAAUGACACCUGUUAAAACAGCGUUAUCAGCUUUUGUAAAAACUGAAAAUGAUACAGACAGAGAACUAUUUAGUACAAAGUCAGUUGGCAAGAUAAAUGAAGCUGCCCUGCUAUCAAAUUCAACAUCAUUUAAAGAUCUUGCAAUAUCUGCUGAAGAGCAAAGAGCCUGUAAAGCAGAUUUAUUUAUCAAAUCAGAAUUUGCAAAAAUUUGUAAUCUAUCUGUUACAUUUGAUCGUUUCACUAGUACACAACAAACUAGAUUUAUUUUAUGCUUAGAUGCUAGUAGUACACUACAAAAAGAUUUACUAGCAAAGUUAAUUUAUCAAAUUCAUAAUUUAAUCUUAUCUGAUAUGAAUGCACCAGUCGCAAUUGUACUUGAGGCUAAUUUUCGAAUUCUUUUAGGUGAUCUUGUAUGUAGUUCAAUCUUUACCCCGCGUACUUCCAAUUCUUAUGAUGGUUUAAACCAAGGACCAAAAUUUCUAGCUCAAAUACUUAGUGAUAAUUUUCACUUAGUUCACGCUAGUCUACAUUUACCAAUCUAUUUGGAACCACCAAUAUUCACUGAUUUUCCACAACAACAAUUAACUUGUCCUAAUGAUCAAUUACAACAAAAUCAGGUAUUUCAUUCACCGUUGAAUGGUUAUUCAUCUGCUCUCUGCGCCUCUCAGACAUCUUCAACAGCCUUAAAACCAUUGACAACACUCAAUAUGAAUGCAUCAUCAACAAAUCUGUCAUUUAACCGGAACAGUGUAUCAACACACCUGCCAAGAGCUACAUUUGAAAACUGUUACGAGUCACGUUUGAUUAGUAAACAUGCAUCUAAGCAUUCGACGACACACAUUGAAUCAGAAGUAGACAAUAAUGAUUUUACAGGUGAAAGAAAUAACUUCAGCGUUAAUGAUAUUGCAAGCAUGUUUUUAUAUAAUCAUGAGUUAGCUGACUGGAAUGGAAAAGUUCUGAAACAGUUGGUGCUUUCCACAGCAUUAACAAGUCGUUUGUUAAAAUUUUACAACAUGAAUGUUGAAAUCAGUCUUAUUGUUGUAUGGGUAACACUGGUUCAUCAUUGGCCGUAUCAUACAGCCUGGUUGAUUAUUUAUCUAGAACAUCUGAAUACUUCCAGUUCAAUGAAUACGAAUAAAGAACAAGAGCUUCAAAUUCAAAUUAAUUUAUUAGAAGCAUUCUCAGAGGUUAAAAAACGUGUUGGUGAAACAAUAGAUAAACUGGAACCUUUAGCUGCAGAAGAUCGUGAUUUGGAGCAAUUAAAUAAAUUUCUUUAUGCCAAAGCGUCUACUCCCAUCUUACUGAAUAGUUUAAAACAGCUCAUAGCUUGUACUUUAACACACAAUCCAUUUAUUCGUCAAUCGGUUAUAGCAUUAGCGGGUAAUAUAAAUGAACGUCAGCGUUCAACAGUACAUCACAGUUUUGUUAAUCCUCUUGAUGUGCUUAAUGAAGAAAUGAACAAUAGUGUGAACUACAAUUCUGCCUUAAAUAAAGUAGUCCAGUCGAAUUCAGUUCCACUUUAUGCAACUAUUCAGUUGAAUGCUUCAAGAACACUAACAAAUCAAAUAGGCUGUACUACAACUGGUUCACUGUCUUCCGCUGAUAACAUUCCAUCAAAUCCAUCAUGGCCGUGUUCAUCUGACACUUUUACUACAGGAGAUAAUGCUAUAAACAAACCCAGUGCACUCAAGUUGAAGAAAAAGUGUCCCUUAAUUCCUCUAAAUCAGUUCACUGUCAACGAUGUGUGCGAAUUAUUUUCAAGCAUAGCCGAUAUUAAUCCAUCUCAUAUGCAAAAUUAUUUGACGAAAAUAAAACAACUAAAAAUAAACGGCAUUGUACUUUCUGUAUGUGAUCUGGAAAAGUUACGGCAAGAGUUGCUAAUUGAUUCAACAGAUUGGCACUUAAUUCAUAAGCUUCUUACAUGUCUGCGAUCAUCUACAACCGAUGGACUCAGUAUAGUUUCAGAGACUUCACAAAAACGAGUUAGUCGUAUGUCUUCCCAUGAAUCUGAACUAGUUGAAUUAACCUCUGGACAUCAUUCAGCUCAUAGAAGUAAACAUCAACAACCACAACAUCAGGCAAAUAAUCAAAAUCUUGUAACUCAGAUUCCGUUGUUAAAUUUUGAAAAAUCUGAUAGUAAAGUGAAAACAGCAAAUGCUUUUCCUGUUCGACAAACUCCAUGGCUCAUUUCACCAAAAAUACCAAUUACAACUUUAUCAUCUAAUGGGAAAACUUAUGAACCAUUUCAAGAGUUUCCUUGUCAACAGCAUCCAAGUCCAGAUAGCUCAGAUCAACAGAACUCAUGCAGUUUAAUGGAAGAACCAGAAUCAUUAUGGAAAAAUAAUAAUUUACAAAGUGUUCCUUCAAAUGUAGACAAAAGUCUGUCGUCUUCAACACUGCCGCCACAGCAAAUUAGUAGAUUAUAUGGAUUAACGGAAAACCCACAACAAUUAGGGCAUUCAUCUGCAUUUUCAAAUGUAGAGGGUUUCGGUAGAUUGAAGGAUACAAAAUUAUCAGAAAAGCAUUCAAGGAGAUCUGAUCCUCUUGCAAGUGUGACUGCUGUAAAAGAAGCAUCAAAAUACACUUUUAACAAAGAUCCACAGAAAUUACUUCAAACCAACUUGUUUGCGAUUAAAAAUGGUUAUGCAAGUCGCUCUUCUGUUGACUUACGUACAGUUUUUGGUCCUGAGCAGAAGGCUACAUCCAGUGCACAGUUACUAAGUAAUUAUACAGUAAUUAAAAAUUCAAAAAGAAAUCGAGUUAAAAGAGCUCUAAUUGAACAACAUAAAAGGCGACAACAACAGUGUCUUUUGACACAAACUCCUAAUUUCAAUUACCUUAUGGAUCCAAGGUUUUAUCACCAACCAUUUGUAGGUCCAGGGUCAAAUCAAGGCGCAAAUUUAUUUACCCACGAAUUACUCAACGAAACAGGUUUAUCAUUCGAUCCUAGGUUACAAAGCACUAAAGUGCCGAGCACAAAACGUUUCAUCAGACAACCUCGACAUAAAUAUGACUAUCAAACCCAUAUGAAUGAUACUGCUGUUCAAAUGACUAACGGUAAUAAGAAUGUUGUUGGUGCAGAGCAUCCAAAUCAUAUGAUUAAUCUGACAGCGAGCAAUGCUCAUAUUCAGCAAAACUGUCUAUACGAAUCACCAAAUAAUUAUGAAUCUGAAACCGAUGAAUCCAUUCAAUCUCCUGAAAAUAAAAAUGUUCAUUUAAACUUCUCCAGACAAAAGCACAGUAUUUUAAAUCACCUUAAGCAUUGUCCACCCUCGUUUCACACGACAACAGUUUUUCCUUCACCUGCUUUAACACCAGGCCAACUGGCUAGUCUGCAAAGUUAUGCUGCAUGGUCAUCGAAAAUGAACCCUUAUUUUGCAAAUCCAACCGUUUUAGGUAGUGUUGGACCAGUUCUGCCAAAUACCUAUUUAAAACAGCAUCAGGCAAACAUAUUUUCUCAAGCUAAACCGUCUACCCACUUGAAAUCAGAUCAUAAAGCGUUUAGACCAAGUCAAAAAAAGCGACCGAGGAAAAAUAAUUCAGAAGAUGAAAAUAAUAAUAAUAAUAUUAUUGUUAAUCCAAAUACAGAAUUUUUCCCCUCUGGUGUUACAAAUCCACAUUUAUACUCAUUACCAAUACCCUGUGAUUCUGAGACUGAAAUGUGUACAUGUGAUUAUUGGUUUGAAAUGGAAAAGGCUAGAGAAAAAUUUACAAUUAGUGAACCAUCAUUAAGAGCAGAGUCUGAUUUAAUCAGUGUUGAUGAUUUUGUCCAAGAGAAUGGAUCUCAGUCAAGUGAAGCAGGGGGAUCUUUAAAAUCCGUGAAUACAUCACCAAGACUCAAAGGUAGACUGUCGAAGUAAUGUGUAUAUCUUUGACAAUCAAACCUAGGAAUAGAGCAUAUAUAAAUACAUAUGUUAUAUGUAACAUGUCAAAUUAACUACUUUUGCAAAUAAUUAUACACCUUUCUUUCAUGUACAAACUGUUUUGUCUGCUGAUAUCUACUGAUUACACAGAAUACGUGAAAUUCUUUUAUACAAAUAUUUACGGUACAGCAUAUUUAUCAUUCAAUAUCUUUCGUCAAAUCCAAAUAUUAUCAAAAUUUUGAUUUUACUUUCUAAUUAUUGUUCAGAUUAGGAUGGUAGUCAAUGUUUGUUUAAACAGGAUGACUACGGUGUCACUAGGUCACUUUCACUGAUUUUUAUUCUCAAAUUUUAGAACUAAAUAUCAGAAAAUAAACAAAAAUUGCGUACUGAGUAACUUCCUAACCUCUUAUUGUAUAUAAUGUUCUAUUAUUAUUGUUAUAUACACUAAUACAAUACGCGAGUGAGUACAUACGCUUAUUGUUAGCGCAAAUAAGUAGUAUUGAUAAACCAAACCAAUAGUAUACCUAUAAAUGUUGUGUAUAUAAAUAAAUAUAAAGAUAUAUAUAUGUAUACAUAAAUGUAUACUGACAAGUUUACUUGAAUUAUAUCCAGUGAUUUUGUACCUUAAUAACUAAUAAUAAUUCAUACACUUCGCCACACUGAAGUUCCAAUGCUUCUCCUGUGAUCAUUGUCUUUAACUUAGAGAGACAGUCAAAACGGAUUAAACAACAUAAGGCAUGACCUUUAUUUUUUCUUUUCUUCAUAAAUGUGGUAAAAGUUUCGGUGUGUGUAUUUACCUUUUUGCAAUAACUGUAACUAUUUCAAUUUAAAGCAUAGUUUAGAGAGUUAUACAUUUAAUGAACACAUACACAAUGAACAUUUUGCCAUCAUCAAAGGAGUUUCCGUUUAUUUUCUAUUUAUCUGUUCUAUUCAAGUCGUUUUUUUUUAAAAAAAGUGUUAUGUAACUUAUAAUUGUACAAAUGUAAGUA